UGUUUUGCAUCGUCUGGCAGGAGAGGACUUUUUGCGAGUUUCUGUGCGGCGGUCGUCAGGUCUGUUGUGCCAUAGCGGCGGGCAAACUGUACGACGAGGAGAUCCUCCAGCAGAGGAUCCGCUGAGCUCAUUUCUGCCUUGUAGCAGACAGUGGUCAGUGUUGGUGUGAAGAGAGUCUGCCUCUGUGUUGCUCAAAGUUGCGAGCGGAGACAGACACCAGCAUCAAGCCCAAGAGACCAACACACGCGUCCCUUCCAUGCGCUGUUGGAGCUGACACGGCCAUGUCACUCUCCUCAUCUCCCAGGAUACCCAACUCUGUCACUGACAUACCAAGAAGGCGGCCGAAAGAGCGUAAACGUCAGGAUCUACGCUCCUACUACGGCAUUGAAAGCAGUGUCGCAGGCAAUAGUGCGCUACAUAACCAAGGACCCGUCGGCCAUAAUCCAGAUCUCGACAGGGAUGACUUUCAGCUGGACGAGUAUGUUGCGAAAGUGAACCAAACGCCCGGUGCAAAAGAAUUGCUCAAGAUUGAGAAUGAGCUCGUCAAGGAGAUCCGUGUGCUGAAUGGUGAACGCAAAGCACUCAUCUAUGACAAUUAUGGCAGGAUCCUCACCAUCUCUGAGACUAUCAAGCAGCUGCGACUGCGGCUUGAUGCUAUGUCUGUGAGUUGGGGCGAUUUUGAGUCAAUCUUGCACAGUGUCCGGAAGCUAUCUACUGUGUCUGGUGCCACUGAGCCAGCAGUCGAACAAGACGAGCUCAUCACUGCUCAGAGUGCAGAAGACUUGACGAGGCAAUGGCUGCAGGAGGCAACAAUACGCAUCUCGAGCUUGACUGCGUUUGAGCAGUAUGCAGCUGCGCUUGACGAGGUUGCUGACGUCGAGGCUGUCUUGGAGCAGUCUGGCGAUGCUCUGCUCGAUCCAGACACUGCACAGCAACUGAAACACUCGCUGCGUAGUGAACGUGAGCAGAUUCAGGAGAGACUUGAGGAGGGAAAGCAGGAGAAGCAGGAGCAAGCGCCGUCCGUGCCCGCCAAGGACUGAAUCAUCCGAGCACCUAUCUGGACACGUACACCUAUUGCCAUCUUAUUCACGACUGUUGUGCGCUUGCGUCAUGCCUCAUGAGGAGCGAGCUGGGCAUAGUCAGCAGUCGCUGAAAGUACAAGACGACGAGAUUUCACCCAGAACUCCUUGCUUUCCAGCUCGAGAUGCUUCAGUCAUCAGUCCUGCCCGCACACCAGCCAGCGGUCUCUCUUACAGUGCACUGCUCUCUGGUAUCUGUGACACACCAGACUAUAGUCAGUUGAAUGCGCUAGAGCGCGAGCUCGCAGUCGACAGAGUCAUGGCUCUGCAUUCUCUAGAGACGCAGCUGAUGAAGAGGAGAUGAAUUUUGAUGCAGUAAUGCAGUCAUGCAUGCUGCUUAUAACCGGAUGCCUAUACUCUACACUUAUGAAUUGAUCAUUCACAGUC